AUGUACUCACUUGGUUCAAAGUUCCAAAAUGCACACGAAAAAACUGCAUGGGAUGAUUGCCUUGAGCUCUUUGAUUUCACAAUCCAAAAGCUCAACAAAACCGUAAAUCCCAUCACCAAGUGCACCCAAGAUGACAGCCAAACAUGGCUGAGCACAGCUCUCACAAACCUAGAGACAUGUCGAGAAGGGUUUGCAGACCUUGGGGUCUCAAAUAAUUAUAUCUUCCCUUCAAUGUCAAAUAAUGUUUCUAAUUUGAUUAGCAACACUUUGGCCAUAAACAAAGCUCCAUACACUUCUCAGUCAAACCACAAAAAUGGUUUCCCAACUUGGGUGAAGCCUGGCGAUCGAAAGCUCUUGCAGUCGUCUUCGGCGAAGGCUGAUGUUGUGGUGGCCAAAGAUGGGUCUGGGAAUUACAAGACCAUAAGUGAGGCAGUAAGUGCAGCGUCAAAGAGAAAAGGUAGUGCAAGGUAUGUGAUAUAUGUGAAGGCAGGGACAUAUAAGGAAAAUGUUCAGAUAAAGUCGAAGAAUAUUAUGUUGAGGGGAGAUGGUAUAGGGAAGACUAUUAUCACAGGAAGCAAAAGUGUUGGUGGGGGUUCUACAACCUUCAAUUCAGCUACAGUUGCUGUGGUUGGAGAUGGGUUCAUUGCCCAAGACAUUACAUUCCAAAACACUGCCGGUCCAACAAGCGGCCAAGCCGUGGCACUCCGGUCUGGUUCAGAUCUCUCUGUGUUUUACAAAUGUGGCUUUGAGGGGAACCAAGACACCCUCUAUGUGCACUCUGACAGACAAUUCUAUAGGGAAUGUGACAUCUAUGGAACUGUUGACUUUAUUUUUGGCAAUGCUGCUGUGGUUUUCCAAAAUUGUAACAUUUAUGUUCACAACCACAAAACCAACACCGUCACUGCUCAAGGCCGGUCCGAUCCAAACCAAAAUACAGGAAUUUCUAUUCACAAUUGUAAGGUUACAGCUGCUUCGGAUUUAAAAUCGGUUCAAAGUUCAGUUAAGACAUACCUAGGGAGGCCAUGGAGGGAGUAUUCUCGAACUGUGUUCAUGAAGACAUACCUUGAUAGCUUAAUUGACUCAGCUGGUUGGAUGGAAUGGAGUGGUAACUUUGCCUUGAAGACUUUGUAUUAUGGUGAGUACAUGAACACAGGCCCUGGUUCAUCCACUUCAAAUAGGGUUAAAUGGGCAGGUUACCAUGUCAUUACAAGUGCCUCGGAGGCUUCCAAAUUUACUGUUGGGAACUUCAUUGCGGGUAAUUCUUGGUUGCCAGCCACCAAUGUGCCUUUCACCUCUGGUCUAUGA